CGCGUCUUUGCCAUUCGGAUCGCGGGGAAAGAGGUGGCUCCAAGUGAGGAGCCGCCAGAGGAGAGCUGAGGAGAGGAGGGGGAGGCCGACGACCUGGGCCCUGGGCCUCUGAAGGCUCCAGGUUGAUGUCAAAGUCUUCUGUCUGCGCGGUAGGUCUGGCAUAUUCUGACAGGACACAGUGAGCAUCUGUAGAGGAGAGACUUGAGAUAAAGGAAGAGCACGAAUAUUGCCUGGAUUUCUGGAGGCCUAAUUUAAGGCUGGCCAGUUCUGCAAGAAAGGCAAGGAGGAGGAGACUGGCUCACAGCUCUGGAGGACCCCCUUCUGUCGGCUGUGGGGCUUGACACCACUUGAACAAGAAAAGGAGGGGGAAACUGCACCACAUCAGUGAAGAUCCACCUCCAGUGGCUGCUCUGCUGGUGGUGGAGUUGCUGCUGACAACCACCCUCAACAGGUCUGCACCCAUCCAGGAAAUAUCUGUCUUCCUUUAGCUUGGUUGUGCCUGUUCUACACUCAAUCUGUAUUAUUGAAUUAUUGACUGAGACUGUGUUUGGGAAGGAGGCUAAUUGACUACUGGACUGGAUAUUGACUCUAACUUUUGUUUCAAAGCUUAUAUCCUCAAUCACCUAAAGAUCAGAGUGUGAAGAAACAAACCUGUGACAGAUCUGUAGUUAAGGUUUAGACUGGGGGAGGAGUAUAUUACUGGACUUCCUUUGUAACUUGUACCAUGACUGGGGCAGAGAUUGAGCCUAGCGCCCAGGCCAAGCCUGAAAAGAAGGCUGGGGAAGAGGUUAUCGCUGGGACUGAGAGAGAGAAUGAUGUCCCUCUGGUGGUCAGACCCAAGGUUAGGACCCAGGCAACUACUGGGGCAAGGCCCAAAACUGAGACCAAGUCUGUGCCUGGGGCAAGGCCCAAAACUGAUGCCCAAGCAAUGUCUGGGGCAAGGCCCAAAACUGAUGCCCAAAUAAUGGGUGGUGCAAGACCCAAAACGGAGGCUCAAGGAAUGGCAGGAGCUAGACCCAAAACUGAUGCCAGGGCAGUAGGUGGUGCUCGUCCUAAAACUGAUGCCAAGGCAAUCCCUGGAACAAGGCCCAAGGAUGAAGCUCAGGCAUGGGCCCAGAGUGAAUUUGGGACUGAAGCUGUGUCACAGGCAGAAGGGGUGUCCCAGACUAAUGCCGUUGCCUGGCCACUGGCCACUGCUGAGUCUGGAUCAGUUAAUAAAUCUAAGGGCCUGUCUAUGGAUAGAGAACUAGUCGAUGUGGAUGCUGAAACCUUUCCUGGCACCCAGGGUCAGAAAGGAAUCCAGCCCUGGUUUGGACCAGGGGAGGAGACUAAUAUGGGGUCUUGGUGCUAUUCCAGGCCCAGGGCCAGAGAGGAGGCCUCUAAUGAGUCUGGGUUCUGGUCAGCAGAUGAGACCUCUACAGUGUCUUCUUUCUGGGCUGGAGAAGAGACAAGUAUCAGAUCAUGGCCCAGAGAAGACUCCAAUACCAGGUCCAGGCACAGGGCUAAACAUCAGACUAAUCCCAGGUCCAGGCCCAGAUCCAAGCAAGAAGCCUAUGUUGAUUCCUGGUCUGGAUCUGAGGAUGAGGCUGGCAACCUAUUCUCCUUCUGGGCUGGAGAAAAUACCAGUAACUUGUUCAGGCCCAGAGUCAGGGAGGAGGCAAAUAUCAGGUCCAAGCUCAGGACAAAUAGAGAAGAUUGUUUUGAAUCUGAGUCUGAAGAUGAGUUCUAUAAGCAGUCCUGGGUGUUGCCUGGAGAAGAGGCCAAUGGUAGAUUCAGGUGCAGAGACAAAGAAGAUCCUAAUACCGCCUUGAAACCCAGGGCCCAGAAAGAUGUUGAUGGUGAUAGGGUCAAACAAGAACCCAGGUUUGAGGAGGAAGUCAUUAUUGGGUCCUGGUUCUGGGCAGAAAAAGAGGUCAGUUUGGAGGGUGGAGCUUCAGCAAUCUGUGAAUCUGAGCCAGGAACUGAGGAGGGGGCCAUUGGCGGAUCCACGUACUGGGCUGAGGAAAAGUCCAGUUUGGGGGCUGUGGCCAGAGAAGAGGCCAAGCCAGAGUCUGAAGAAGAGGCCAUAUUUGGGUCCUGGUUCUGGGACAGAGAUGAGGCCUGCUUUGACCUAAAUCCCUGUCCUGUGUACAAGGUCAGUGAUAGGUUCAGAGAUGCAGCUGAGGAACUUAAUGCAUCCUCCAGGCCCCAAACCUGGGAAGAGGUCACUGUUGAAUUCAAACCUGGUCUUUUUCAUGGGGUUGGCUUCCGAUCCACAAGCCCCUUUAGAAUUCCUGAAGAGGCUUCUGAAAUGCUUGAGGCAAAGCCCAAGAACAUGGAACUUAGCCCAGAAGGGGAAGAGCAGGAAUCUUUGCUUCAGCCUAAUCAGCCUGAUCCUGAGUUCACAUUUCAGUAUGAUCCUUCCUACCGGUCAGUCCGGGAAAUUCGAGAGCAUCUUAGGGCCAGGGAGAGUGCAGAGUCUGAGGGUUGGUCCUGCAGCUGCAUACAAUGUGAGCUGAAAAUUGGUUCUGAAGAGUUUGAAGAACUCCUUUUAUUAAUGGACAAAAUUCGGGAUCCUUUUAUUCAUGAAAUAUCUAAAAUUGCAAUGGGUAUGAGAAGUGCUUCUCAGUUUACCCGAGAUUUCAUUCGAGAUUCAGGUGUUGUCUCACUUAUUGAAACCUUGCUUAAUUAUCCAUCCUCUAGAGUUAGGACAAGUUUUUUGGAAAAUAUGAUUCACAUGGCUCCACCUUAUCCAAAUCUAAACAUGAUUGAGACAUUCAUAUGUCAAGUGUGUGAAGAAACCCUUGCACAUAGUGUGGAUUCCCUUGAGCAGCUAACUGGAAUAAGGAUGCUUAGACACCUCACUAUGACUAUUGACUAUCACACACUGAUUGCCAACUAUAUGUCCGGGUUUCUCUCCUUAUUAACCACAGCCAAUGCGAGAACAAAGUUUCAUGUUCUGAAAAUGCUGUUGAAUUUGUCUGAAAAUCCUGCUGUGGCAAAAAAACUAUUCAGUGCCAAAGCUCUUUCAAUAUUUGUGGGUCUCUUUAACAUAGAAGAGACAAAUGAUAAUAUUCAAAUUGUUAUUAAAAUGUUUCAGAAUAUCAGUAACAUUAUAAAAAGUGGAAAGAUGUCCUUAAUUGAUGAUGAUUUCAGUCUUGAGCCGCUUAUUUCUGCAUUUCGUGAAUUUGAGGAGUUAGCUAAGCAACUACAAGCCCAAAUAGACAAUCAAAAUGAUCCUGAGGUGGGACAACAAAGUUAAUAUGAUUAACCACCCGCCGCUGAUCAGCCUUAUGUUCCCAAAGAGCCCUGAGUAGUGCUUUGGUGUUCACAGUCUGUUUUUUUGUUGUAACUUAUAUUUUUUAAUGCUUAUGUUAACUUCGUCAAACUCUUGUUUUGAGCUGGAUCAUUUUGUGGAUGCCAAAUGAAUAUCAAAACUGAAAACACAUUUGUUGAUAUUUUUGUCUUGCUGUCCAGAUUGCGAUAUUUUUCAGUAUUAAGCUUUCAGUGAACUGUGUCACCUAAGUAAGCUACCCUGCUAUUUGUUGUUUAAAUAUAUGGUUCUCUAUUUGAGUCUGUGUUUUCAAUAAAGUUCUAUGUUUAAAUUGGCA